AAUGAAUGAGCUCACUGAUGGUAUUCUUAUUUCUAUUUUAGGGGAACUCUUAAAACGAAAAGAUUCCAUCAAAAUUGUAUUCUUCAUUGAAUUUUCAUAGCUGUUCUACGCUUUUCUGAAACUAAUUGCUGUAAUAAGUAUCUUAACCAACACUUCGGAAUGCGAGCUAUUUUAUUAUUUUCUUCUGUUACUAAUAACUGACAUUAUGUGUUCGAUUGUGAAUUUAAUUGCUCUUGGGAAUCUCUACUAUUGUGACUAUUAAUCAAUUGAUAGAACUUUGGAAAACAUUGAAAAUCAACGAAUAUCAUUGUAAUAUAAUAAUGAUGCUUAUAUUGAUUUUAUGACUUUGUUAGAAGCUAUUUCGAAUAGAUAUCAGUUGCUCUAUAAUAUAAUAGCAUUAAGUUAUUUAGGCCUGUCGAUUUAUGGAAUCUAUAGCAUAAUAAAUCAAAAAUGCCACUACGAAGAUGGCAGUGCAGCAACUGCAAUUACAUUUAUAAUACUGAGCUUGUUCUACUUUCUUAGAAAACUGUUCUUGCUCAUAAGAUAAUACAAAAAAUAUUAAAUUUACAAUAUAAUUGUAUAAAUAUGUUAUUAGAUUCUAGAGUGUAAAUGCUUAAUAAGAGGAUGACUGUUGCAUAUGUUUAUAAUAAUUAUCAUAAAAAGUGGCUUAGUUGUAAUGCAAACACAAGUUUCAUCUGGGUUGUAUUUAAGAAUGGUUUAAAACGAAAAGCAAUUGUCCUAUUUGUAAAAGAGAAUACGAAGUAAUGUAUUCACAUAAUUGAUGAUAAUUGUCAUAUGAAAUGUGAAAUCUCAUUUAUUAAUACUAAUUAUAAUAUAAAUGUAAUAAAAGUAAUCUAAAAAAUCUAAAGAGGAAGAACCAAUUUUCAAUGGAACAUUCAAAGACAACAGUGAUGAUGAAAAUGAUGAUAAAAGAAAGAAGUAAACUCUGAUUAUUAAUGUGUCUGGUAAAUUAUGAAUGUAAAAAGAGAUACAAAAUAUGAUGUUGUGAAAUUUGUUGGGAAAAAGAUAUUCAAAUGGAUACUGUAAUAUGAACCAGAAGGAGUCAAUUGGGAUAUGUUUUGGACUGAUGCAGCUGUUUAACCAGAAACCUUAGGCAAAAUGUAACGUAAGUUUGUUAAACAAUAUAUUUAAAAGCUCAUCAAAAGAUAAAUCACUUUCCUGGAAUGUACUCACUUGCUCGUAAAAACCAUCUUGGCAGAAAUUUGAUGAAGAUGAGAAAACAAUUCCCAAAUGAUUAUAAAUUCUUUCCAUAAACAUGGUUAUUACCAGCUGAAUAUGGAGAUUUCAAAAAUUAAUUUGUCAAAGGAAAAGUAAGAACAUUCAUAGUAAAACCAGAAGCUAGUUGUUAAGGAAGAGGAAUAUUUCUCACCAGAAAUAUCAAUGACAUCAAUCCAACUGAUCAUUAUGUGGCAUAAAGAUAUAUGCAUAGACCUUUUUUGAUAGAUGGUCUGAAAUUUGAUUUGAGAGUCUAUGUCUUAUUGGCUGGAACAGAUCCUAUGAGAAUAUAUGUAUAUUAAGACGGCUUAGUAAGAUUUGCAACUGAACAAUACGUUACUCCCACUACUAACAAUUUGGAGGAUGUUUGCAUGCAUUUAACAAAUUAUGCUAUCAAUAAGGAAAAUCCCAAUUUUGUAUUUAAUAAUGAUGCAACCAAAAUGGAUGUUGGACACAAAAGGUCUAUUAAAUCAGUAUUUGGUAAGUUAUAAGAAGAAGGACAUAAUAUAUAGAAGUUAUGGCAGGAUAUGUAUAAAUUAUUCAUCAAAACCUUCUGCACAGUCUAACCAAUUCUCAAUCAUCAUUACAAAUCAUGUUAACCUGAUAACUAUGCAAAUAAUAUGUGUUUUGAAAUUCUAGGAAUGGAUAUCUUCAUUAAUGAUAAAUUAAGGCCAUCUUUAUUAGAAGUUAAUCACACUCCCAGUUUUACUACAGACACACCUUUGGAUUCAUUGAUAAAAAAGAAUCUCAUAAGAGAUACGUUAAAAUUGAUGAAUGUAAGUCUAAAAGCUAAAGAAGAAAUAAUAGCAUCAAGAAGAGAGUAAUUAUAAUAAAGAGUUUUGACAGGCAAGAAGUAGAAAUUAACUUAAGAAGAGAAAUAAACACUAAUGAAAUAAUGGUCAGAAUAAAGAGAUCAACAUGAAAACAAUAAUUUAGGAGAUUAUAUCAAAAUAUAUCCUCUGGAAGAUGCUCACGAAUAUGACAAAUUCAUUGAAUUUUCUUCUCAAUUAUAAGACAAUUGGACUGGAGCAAGUAAAUAAUAAUAUAUUAAAUUAAAGAUAUUAGAAGAAACUAAAAAAAAGAACCAUCUGAAACUCAGCAAUUUCAAUUUAGUAAACCUCCAACCAUUCCUGUUAAAAAACCAAAUACUCCUUAAAUGCUACCUAAAAUUAGUGAAAGAUAAAAUAGAAUUCAUCAAUCAAUUGAACCAAAUGCUGAAAUGAAAAGUAAAACACAAUCAAGCUUAGGAAAAAGUACUAAAGAAUCUAAAAGAUAAGUAUCUGAUCCACCCAUACCAAAAUAACAUUAAAGCAUGAGAAAUGUGUAGUAACCACCUCAAUAACAGUAGUAAUUACAAUUAAAAUCAUGUUUAUAACCUAAAUUGUUUGAAUUAGACAUAUUAAGCUCACAAAAUAGAUCGAACUCUUAGAGUAAAAAAUUAAACUAGUUCAAACUACAAUGA